CGCUUUUGUCGCUUACAAUUGGAUUUCUUUUUGGGCAACAACUAAAUCCCAAGCAAUGUCCCCAAUUUGACAAUUACCGUGUCAUCAUCCUCGUAAAGAACCUCAACACAAGUACUGUACACUGAAUUCAACAAUAUGUCCGGUGGUUCUUCACUUCUGGAUUCACUGUUCCAACGUUCUUUAGAAGACUUAAUCAAAGGUCUCCGUCUCUACAUCGGCGACGAAUCCUCCUUCAUCUCCAAAUCCCUGGAUGAAAUCCGUAAGGAAAUCAAAUCAACAGAUCAACAAACCAAAGCCACUGCUCUCCAAAAACUCACUUACCUCCACUCCUUAUAUGGCAUCGACAUGUCUUUUGCUGCCUUCCACGCAAUCGAACUUUCAUCCUCACAACACUUCAAUUUUAAACGCAUUGCUUAUCUGGCAGCAUCUCUAUCGUUCGAUCCGUUAACUACUGACGUCAUCCUCUUGCUGACUCAUCAGUUACGUAAAGACCUUCAAUCACAUAAUUCGCAUGAAGUAAGUCUUGCUUUACAUGCCAUUUAUUAUAUUUGUACACCUGAUUUAGCUAGGGAUUUAACACCUGAAGUGUUUAUUUUACUUAAUAGUAGUAAAGGGAAUAUUAGGAAGAAAGCUAUUGCUCUUGUUUUGAGGUUAUUUGAGUUGUUUCCGGAUUCGGUUAGGGUUUGUUUUAAGAGAUUGGUCGAAAAUUUGGAGAAUAAUGAUUUGGGGAUUGUAUGUGCUGUUGUUGGUGUAUUUUGUGAGCUUGCUUGUAAAGAACCCAAGUCGUAUUUACCGUUAGCGCCUGAGUUUUAUAAGAUAUUGGUCGAUUCGAGGAAUAAUUGGCUGUUGAUUAAGGUUUUGAAGAUUUUCGUGAAGUUGGCUCCGUUGGAACCGAGGUUGGGGAAGAGGUUGGUGGAGCCGAUUUGCGAUCAUUUGAAGAGAACGGGGGCGAAGUCGUUGGCUUUUGAGUGUGUGAGGACGAUUGUUAGUAGUUUUAGUGAGCAUGAGAGUGCGGUGAGGCUUGCUGUUGGGAAGAUUAAGGAGUUUUUUAAUGAAGAUGAUCCGAAUCUUAAGUAUCUUGGUUUGCAAGCACUUACUAUUGUUGCGCCGAAGCAUUUGUGGGCGGUUAUGGAGAAUAAGGAUUUUGUGAUUAAAUCGUUAAGUGAUGCGGAUGUGAAUAUUAAACUUGAGGCGUUGCAGCUUGUUUUGGCUAUGGUUAGUGAGGAUAAUGUGGUGGAUUUUUGCAAGGUUUUGAUUAAUUAUGCUCUUAAGUCAGACCCGGAGUUCUGUAAUGAGAUUUUGGGUUGCAUCUUGUUGACUUGUUCAAAAAAUGUGUAUGAGAUAAUUGUGGAUUUCGAUUGGUAUGUGUCACUUCUUGGGGAAAUGGUGAGAAUUCCGCACUGUCAGAAGGGGGAGGAAAUAGAGAACCAGCUUGUGGAUAUAGGUAUGAGAGUUAAAGAUGCAAGACCGGAACUUGUUCGAGUUGGCCGUGAUUUGCUAAUUGAUCCUGCAUUGCUUGGCAAUCCUUUCCUACACAGGAUUUUAUCAGCAGCUGCUUGGGUGUCAGGGGAGUAUGUUCAAUUUUCAAAAAAUCCAUCUGAAAUUGUGGAAGCACUACUGCAACCAAGAACCAGUUUAUUGCCAUCAUCAAUAAAAGCUGUAUAUAUUCAGUCUGCAUUCAAAGUACUAACCUUGUAUCUGCAUUACUCUAUUUCUACCAAGGGAGUUAUUUCUUCAGCUUUCCAAGGCGUGGCAGAUCUGAUGCAGGAGAAUUCUCAGGUUGUAAGAACUGGACCAGUUGCUGAUAGUGACACAGAGAGUUUUGAGGAUAUGUCUAUUACUCAUGAGUGGUUUCCCUCAACUUCCUUAAAGGUGGAGCCAAUCACUGAAGAAUCUAUCAUUAACAUAUUAAAUCUUGUAGAAAUAACGUUGGGGCCACUAGCAGGAAGCCAUGAGGUCGAGCUACUGGAGAGAUCAAGAAAUGUCCUUGGUUUGGUUGAACUGAUAAGAGAAGAAUUACCUGGUUACUUGGUGAAAAGGGAAGAAGAUAAUGACAAGGGACAAAGGAAGACUCAUGAAAUGAUCAAACUAAUUGCUGAAGCCUUUUCGGAAGAGCUUGGUCCAGUUUCAGCAAGUUCUCAGGAAAAGGUACCUAUGCCCGAAGGAAUGGUGCUUAAUCAAAGUCUGGAUGAUCUGGAUGCCAUAUGUGGUGACUUUGGGUUGCAUAUACCUACUUCUUUCUCCCUUGGAAGAUCCAUUUCCUCAGAAAAGGAUGAUGUUACCAUGUCUGAUCGACAAAGUAAGGAAGAAUUGGAAUCAACUGAAUCAACAUCUCUUCUUGCUGAGCAUCGCAAACGCCAUGGGCUAUAUUAUUUACAGUCACAGAAAAAGGAGAUGGUAUAUGAUGAUUAUCCACCUGCUAACGACCUUAAGACUGGAAGUAAUGCUGACGAUGAGGCUGAUGAUCUGAUUAAGCUGACAGAACAAUCUCUAUUCACUAAGAAAAAGGCAAAUCAAGCAAGGCCUAGGCCAGUAGUGGUGAAACUGGAUGAUGGGGAUGGGCCUUUUAUCUCUGCCAAAAAGGUAGAGUUAAAAGAUGACCUAAUCUCUGGUGCUGUGAGAGAUGUUCUUUUAGGUGAUGAAGCAACAUCAUCAUCACGAACUAAGAAGUCUGACAAGUCAUCAAGUAAGAGAAGACAGAAGGGCAAGUUGGAUAUAGACAAGUCUUCCGGACCAAAAGAGGAUUCUAAAUCAAUGGAGAGUUCUGAACUAGAAAAUGCAAAUUUGAGAAAAAGCAAACUCCAUUCUCGUGGUAAAGAGAAGAAACAUAGAAGUACUGCAAAAGAUAGAGAUGAACAUGAAGAGGGAGAUAAGCAGAAGGUUAGCCAUCACCAUGGCAAGCAUAAAUCCCGACAAAGGGCGGAUGGGGCUCUAACAUUAGCAGCACAAUCAAAUGUUAUUCCUGAUUUUCUUUUGUAGCAAUGAGGGCUGGGAUCUUGAUCAUCAAUAUGAUAAAUUUGAUCACUACGGCUUAGGUGAGUUUCUUCUGUACAUUACACUUCAUUCUUUUUUCUGUUUUAGUUACUUGUUAUACUUGCAAUUGGUGAAGUGGGUUUUCUCCAUCUUUUCUGGUUUUUACUGUGUGAAAUCUCUUUUUUGGGAAGGGUAUAUCUUUGACUUCUUAACACUUUGUACAAGGAAACCUUUACAAGGCCUUGACCGGUUAUGAUCCUUUGGUUCUAUUUGUUUUUC